UUGGACUGAUAAUUAAACGUGUUCAUUCCCAUUCAUUACAUAACGACAGACGGUUAAACAUAAAAUGAAGUAUAUACCAAUUUUCAGAAAAUGAUCACGGAUAAAACGAAUGUCAAAUAUGGCGGAGAGUAAUGAGACAACACUAGUUAAACAAUGUCCUCUGUGUUCAGAUACUGGUGAUUUUAAAAAGACUGUUAAAUAUUGCAUUGAUUGUGGAUCACAUAUGUGUGGUGAAUGCCUGAAAUACCAUAGUAAGUUCCCAUUAUUCAAAGUUCACAAAGUUUUGGAUAACCUUGAGUAUGAGACGAUCGCGGAAGAUGAAAAUACAAAACUCGUUUAUUGUGCAAGUCACCACGGACAGGCGAUAGAAAGUUACUGCAAGGACCAUGAUGAAAUAUGCUGUGUAAUAUGUGUAUCUAUCAAACACAGGUUAUGUGAAAACGUUACUAUAGAAGAAGCAGAGGCAACAGAGGUAAAUAAAACUGGAACAAAGGAGCGUCUAGACACGUCCAUUUCGAGACUGAAGUUGGAAAAAGAAAUAAGGAGCAACAAUAUAACUGAGCUUGAUGAAGAAAAACUAACAGUCCUAAAUGAAAUUGACAGUUUUCAAGAAAAAAUAAUACAAAAGAUUAAAAAGAUGGCUGACGCCUCUCGUGAAGAACUGCGGUCUAAACAUGAAGAGUUAGUAAACGCUGUCAAACAAGACAUCCGGCAGUUAGAAACAGUCGCAUCAGUUACAGAGGGAAGUUUAAAAACAUUAAACAACUGCGCCAGUCAGAGUAAAAGGAAAUUGUUUUUAAGUGUCAAAAAGUGUGAACAAGUUGUAAAAGAUGCAGAAAUAUUGAUGGAAGACCUACCUUGUAAUUGGCCGAUUAGAAAGCUUGAUUACUGUAUUGACUAUGAUUCACCUCAUAAUGAUACGACAUUAAAGACGUUUGGUCAUUUUAUUGACGACGAAAAAACAAACCAUCAAUUAUGCUGGGACUCUCUGAACGUUACAAUGGUGUUUUUGAUGUUAAACUUGAAAGUGAUGAAAAGAACUGUGUUGAAAGUGGUCUAGUUUUUUAGAAGAUGGCAUGUAUGGCAUCAGUGACUUUGCAAACCAUAAAUUGAAAAGAUUUAGCAAAACCUACGAGUUGUAUGAUAGCAUUGAUUUAGACGGAGGUCCAUCAUCAGCAUGCGUUGUAGGGUCACAGGAAGUUGCACUUACUCUUAGUAAUGAGAAAAUGAUUCAGUUUGUAUCAUGUACCGGUACAUUAUCAUUGGGCAAUUCAUUUCCUACUGAAAACUAUUGUUAUGGAAUUUCCAUAGAUUCAGAAAGCAAAGAACUGUUUGUGUGCUGUGGAAAUUCAGUUUGCGUUUGUGAUAAAAACGGGACUCUUUUGAAAACAAUUUAAAAAGAUAUAACUGGAAAAUCACUGUUUACCGAUGCUAAGCAAUACGUGAUAAAAUUAAAUAGAAUUUACUUUACUGACU